CAGCCCACUCCAAAGAGCCCCCCGCCCCCGCCGAGCCCCCCCCUCCCGGGGGCCGUUCCCUUUUGGCAGGGAUCAAAUAUUCAUGCCGCAGACACGGAUACAGGGAAAGGCACUUAUAGGGCCGCGGGGGGGGCGCGGAGAAGUCCCCCUCACCCCGCGGUCACCGCGUUUGGGGGUCCCGGAGCGCUGCGCUCGGGGGAGUUCGGGGGGGUCACGGCCGGCCGGCCGUCGCUCUGUGCGGGUGAUUAAUGAAGCCCUGCGCUAAUUGGAGCCGCGUGCCAAGUGGGAGUGCGGGGUCGGGGGCCGCAUCGGGGAUCCGCACAGCCUCCCCGACGGGCGCGGGACCCCCCCCCCCCCAGAGGGGAGCACCGCAUCCCCGACCCCGGCAGGGAGAUCGGGAGAUCGGGGAUGGGGGCGGGACGAGGGGGGGUCCGCAGGUGGGUGGCUGUGCUGCGUCUCCAGGUGCCAACGGGGAGCGCUGCCCCACACCGACCCCCCCCGGCUCUCCGGGGGCAGCGCACGACUGGUGCAGCAUCGCCCCACUGACACCUUCCCAGUCACCGAGGAGUGAUGCCCACACAGCCCCGUCCUUUGCUGUGGUGGUGGCCAUCGACUUCGGCACCACGUCCAGCGGCUACGGCUUCAGCUUCUGCAGCGACCCCGAGGCCAUCCACAUGAUGAGGAAGUGGGAAGGCGGGGACCCUGGGGUGGCCAACCAGAAGACCCCCACCUGCCUGCUGCUCACCCCCAGCGGCGCCUUCCACAGCUUCGGUUACGCCGCGCGCGACGCCUUCCAUCGCCUGCAGCCCGAGGAGGCGCAGCGGUGGCUCUACUUCGACAAGUUCAAGAUGAAGAUCCACGGCAGCAGCGUGAGAGCCGGGCCUGCAGCGCUGCACGGGGGGCCGGGGGGGGCAAAAACUGGGGGGUGCCGAGCUGGGACGGGGGGUCAUGGGGAUGGGGGGGGAAUAAAGGGGAAAGGGGGAUUAUGGAGGGGACGGGGGGGUCAUGGGGGGACAGGGGGGACGUGGGGGUUGGGGGAUUGGGGAGGCUGGAGGGAAUGGGGGGUUAUAGGGCCCGAUCCGGGGCUGCCGCUGCCCCAACGCCCCGAGUGUCACCCAGAGACCCCCAUUGGGGCAGAACCCCCCUUACGGGCCCGAGGACCCCCUGACCCCCCCACCGCAUCGCCAGGGGGUCCCUGCGGCGCCGUGGGGGUGGACGUGGCCUUCGAGCAGCUGCUGUGCCGCAUCUUCGGGGCGGAUUUCAUGGCCAGCUUUAAGGCUCAGCGCCCGGCAGCCUGGGUGGAUCUCAGCAUCGCCUUCGAGGCUCGGAAACGCGCGGCCGCCCCGUCGCGCUGCGCCCCCGUCAACAUCUCCCUGCCCUUCUCCUUCAUCGACUUCUACCGCAGGCACCGCGGGCACAGCGUGGAGACGGCGCUGCGCAGGAGCGACGUGAAGCUGGUGAAGUGGUCGUCGCAGGGAAUGCUGCGGGUGUCUGCGGAGGCCAUGAGCGAGCUGUUCCAGCCCACUGUCACCUCCAUCGUCCAACACAUCGACGCCCUCCUGAAGCGUCCCGAAGUUCGGGGCGUGAAAUUCCUCUUCCUGGUGGGCGGCUUCGCCGAGUCGGCCGUGCUGCAGCGCGCCGUGCAGGCGGCGUUGGGCACCGCGUGCCGCGUGCUGAUCCCGCAAGACGCGGGGCUGAGCAUCCUGAAAGGCGCCGUCCUCUUCGGCCUCGACCCCACCGCGCUGCGCGUCCGCCGCUCCCCCCUCACCUACGGCGUCGGGGUGCUCAACAAGUUCAUAGAAGGGAAACACCCGAGGGAGAAGCUGCUGCUGAAGGACGGCCGGCGAUGGUGCAGCGACGUCUUCGAGAAGUUCGUCUGCGCGGAGCAGUCGGUGGCGCUGGGGGAGGUGGUGCAGCGCAGUUAUUGCCCCGCGCGCUCCGGGCAGCGCAGAACCGUCAUCAAUAUCUACAGCUGCGCCCGGGAUGACGUGCUGUUCAUCACCGAGCCGGGGGUGAGGAAAUGCGGCACCGUCAGCCUGGAGCUGCCCGAGCUGGGGGGGGUCGGGGAGCGCAGGGAGAUCCGCGCCAGCAUGCAGUUCGGGGACGCGGAGAUCAAGGUGACCGCCGUGGACGUGAGCAGCGCCAGGACUGUGAGGGCCACCAUCGAUUUCCUGAGCGACUGAGGGCGGUGGGGCGUGGGGAGGAGGCGACGGGGGCUGGGGGGCGACGGCUGGGCGCCCCUCGUCGCUCCGUGGGGGCAGAGAGCGAGCGCGCAACCGCGCAGCCCAAUUGUUCUGCUGCGCCGCGUCUCCGGGACCCACAGCCUGCAGCCCGUUUGUUCUGCAGCCCCACGUCUCUGAGUUCCAUAUCCAUAACCCCACAUCUUGGAGUUCCACACCCUGCAGCCCCACAUCUCCGGGUUCCACAUCCUGCAGCCCAUGCGUUCUGCAGCCCCACAUCUCUGAAUUCCACACCUUAUCAGCCCCACAUCUUCAGGUUCCACACCCCAUAGCCCCACAUCUUCAGGUUUCCCAUCCUGCAGCCCCACAUCUCUGAGUUCCAUACCUUACAACCCUACAUCUCUGGAUUUCACACCCUGCAGCCCCACAUCUCCAGGUUCCACAUCCUGCAGCCCAUGCAUUCUGCCCCACAUCUCUGGGUUUCCCAUCCCGCAGCCCCACAUCUCUGGAUUUUACACCCUGCAGCCCCACAUCUCUGGAUUUUACACCCUGCAGCCCCACGUCUCUGGGUUCCACGUCUCCAGGUUUCCCACCCUGCAGCCCCACAUCUCCAUAGGGGUGAAGACACGCUGAGCCCCGGCGCGUGUUCAGCUGACAUUUAUUAUUUACUUUCCUCGAGCUCUUUGUUUCGUACCCAACCCACACAUACCCACAGCUGUAUAUAUAUAUAUCUAUAUAUUUAUAUAUGUAUAGGCACAUACAGCCUCCUGCUGCUUUCCCAACCCAACGCUUCUGCUCCGUGCGCUGGGGGGGUCGGGAAGGGAAAAGCAAAACCAGGGGGAGGGUGAAGGAGAAUGGAGGCAGCAAUGGGGGG